AUGGCCACCCCGGCGUCGCCCAUGUCCAGGCAAGAAAUUGCGGCACUCGUUCGGCAGGUCCAGGGAAAUCAGCUACUGAACCGCCAGCUUUCGUCAGUCUGCCAAGUAAACGGUCUCAAGAGUACCGGGGUCAAGGCUGAACUUCAGCGCCGAAUCGUUGACUUGAUUCAAGAAAUAGUCAAUGCGAAAGACGUAUCCCGUUUCCAACAAGUCCGUCAAAGCAUCGUCAACGCCGUGACGCAACGAUCCAGUCCCUUUUCGAAAAACUCAGCAGCUCGAAAUAGCCUCCCGACAAUGAGUUCCACACAGUUUGCGUCGUCAAUCACGGCGCUCAAUCCGGGGACGGACUCGUAUCAACUGGAUUCUUAUAGCAACACAGCCAACACGAAUGGACGAGCUGGGAACAAUCCGUUUGCGGACUUUGCUCACCAAAUCACUUUCCACUCCAGUCCGUUCUACCGCGUAGACGCGGCAGUUGGCAGUAUGCGGACUUGCGAAGUAAUGGCUCAGCACAGAAACUCGAUUAAUAUACCCAUAAAAAUGAGCGAUCAUCCAGAACUGCAGAGGUGUAUCAAUGACGUGUCGUACAGAGUCAUGAUAUUUUGCGCCGGUGACAUGGUCGGGGUGCAGAAUGUCGCAUUUCCCCAUCAGUCGGAAUUGAAGGUCAACAAUGACGAGAUCAAGGCAAAUCUGCGAGGCCUGAAGAACAAACCAGGGUCUACUAGACCGGUUGACAUCACCCACGCUCUUCGCUGGAGACCUCCUCAUUAUACCAACAAUGUCGAGUUCACUUAUGCUUUGACAAGCAAGAAAUUUUAUAUCGUUGCGAAUCUUUGCAAAAUAACACCGGUUUCGGAACUCGUGUCCUCCAUCUCAACCCGUCGCAGGAUACCCAAAGAAUCGGUCGUUGCAGAGGUGAACAAGAAAGCCCAAGACCCAGAUGUCGUGGCAACCUCACAAGUGCUGUCCCUCAAAUGUCCACUGUCCUACAUGAGAUUGGAAGUUCCCUGCCGGAGCCUAUGCUGCACACAUAUCCAGUGUUUUGACGCGACAUCUUAUCUCCAGCUUCAAGAGCAGGGUCCGCAAUGGCUGUGUCCCAUCUGCAACAAAUCGGCGCCUUUUGAGCAGCUGGCAGUAGAUGAAUAUGUUCGGGAUAUUCUCGCAAACACGUCCAGAGACCUGGAGACGGUCACCAUUGAACCAAAUGGUCGCUGGUCCACAAAGGCAGCUCAGGACAAUGGGGAAGUGUCUUUUGGAGGUGCCAAAGUCGAGGAUGUCGACGAUCUGGAAGUAUCGCAGACCAAGCCCAUUGAACGUCGAUUAGAAACGCCAAAAACUCAGACACCGCUCGUCGCUACCCCGGCACCGAGCGGCAGGGAAAGCUCUACGUGCGCGCCUCGCGGCCAGGCAAGCUACAGCGCAAAGCGUCCAGCUGCCAAGGUCAUUGACCUUACCUUGUCAUCGGACGAUGAGGAGUCUUUGCAACGACCACGCAAGAGGCAAAACGUAGCCGCCAACAACGGCUACAGCGGUCCGAAGACGACGGGAUUUUCGAGUGAGUCACCCAGCGGCUAUCGGCCUAGCUGA